AUGUCACAGCCGGCUGAACCACCAUCACCACCACCACCGGCUGGGAACGACAACAGAGAUGAGCAGUUGCCAACACACGAAGCGGCUUCGCAGCAUGGGGCCGAGGCCACGGCAAAGAAACGGGGAGGGGGUUCUGUCCUCCAGACGGUAUACGACUGCCUGACUUACGUACCCCCACGGUGUCGCUACGACCCGGAGAGGCCGUUUGAGUUCUCCAUGGGGUUGAACCUGCUGUUUGCGUUUGCGGGAUGCUUCACAGUUGCCAACCUCUACUACAACCAUCCGAUCCUCAAUCUCCUGGCCGACGAUUUCAAGGUCACCGACGAGCAGGCCUCCCAUAUCCCCACUCUGGCACAAGCAGGAUAUGCUGGAGGACUGUUAUUUCUGUGUCCAUUGGGCGACUUGGUUAAGAGGAGGCCGUUUACACUGUGGCUGGUUUGGUUCACUGCGACGCUCUGGAUUGGACUUUGUGUGACCAAGUCUUUUGCGGCCUUCGGGGCCAUCUCCUUCAUUACUAGUAUCACCACGGUUACACCACAGCUGAUGCUCCCCCUGGUCGGCGAUAUGGCCCCCCCACACCGUCGAUCUACGGCCCUCUCGAUUGUGGUUUCAGGCAUGUUGCUGGGAAUGCUGAUCGCUCGGCUCUUGUCCGGCGUCGUGGCUCAAUCAAUCGGAUGGCGGUAUAUCUACUGGAUCGCGUUCGGACUGCAGUAUCUCAUCUUGAUCCUACUAUAUCUGUUCAUGCCAGACUAUCCAUCCACGAAUCCGGAGGUGAAGAUAUGGAGGAAAUAUCCGUUUCUGCUCUGGGACAUCUUGAAGCUCCUGGCGAAGCACCCCGUCCUGGUCCAGGCGUGCCUCGUGGGACUGUUUGCUGCCACUCCAUUCACUAGCUACUGGACCACCCUGACCUUCCUUCUGGCUGGCCCUCCGUAUCACUACAGCACUAUUGUCAUCGGUCUCUUCGCCCUCAUUGGCAUCGGGAGCAUGAGUUGGGGUCCGAUCUUUGCCAGGACCGUCAUGGAGAAACGUCAACCUCUAUUUUCGGUCAUUCUAGGUGAGAUCAUCUGCCUGGUGGCCGUCAUUAUCGGGACAUAUGCUGGCAAGUACACGGUGGCUGGCCCCAUCAUCCAAGCUGUCGGCAUUGAUGUUGGUCUGCAAACGAGUCAAAUUGCCAACCGCACAGCGAUCUAUGGAGUCGCUCCGAAGGCGAGAAACCGAGUCAAUACCGCCUACAUGGUGAGUGUGUUCGUUGGCCAGCUGAUCGGCACCGCGGUGGGCAAUCACCUCUAUGCCGAAGGCGGAUGGAUCGCCUCUGGGUCUGCCAGUGUCGGCUUCGUAUGUGCGGCUUUGCUGGUCUGCCUCUUGAGAGGUCCGCAUGAGCAAGGCUGGAUUGGCUGGGGAGGAGGGUACAGCAUGCGCAAGGGAGUACCCAACCAACCGAUCAAGACUGAAAAGGACCAGGAACAGCCUCAGCCAUCGGUCCGAGAGAGGGCCGAGCAGGCAAGCCAAGAGGAAAAGGAAAUAGUGGUCCAAAUCCAGAAUGAAAGCCCGGCUGCCAACAGUUCCUCAUCCCAACGCACAUUGAGCGAGGAGAUCCAAUCCGAGCCUCAGAAGGGGUGA